UUUAACAUUACCCCACCCACUUCUGACCAUUUCAGGAAGUGAUAUGUCCUUAAUGAAUUUCUGUAAAAAAUAUUAUAAAUAUAAAAAUAAAUAUACUAGACAUCCCUAAUUUUGAAAACAAAUUAAUCCAAGAAGGAUGAGAGAGUCCACCAGGCAUAAAUGGGUUAAAUUUACCAUUUACAAUCAACAAUUCGUUUAGGGGUCAAGAUAUUGCAAAAGUAGCAUCGGAUACUUCCAUUUUCCUGUAUAUUGAUGUGUGUAUCCUGCAUCACCUAAAUAUAUUAUCUCAGAAUUCUUUGACAAGUCUUAUUAUUUGGACUACUAGCCCAGUCUACAUGCUAACCACUAGUCCGACAGCCCGUGGCUAGUGGAUUGUAGUUCCAGCUAGUAAAAAAUAUUAAUUUAUAUGGUCAGGCUUGUGGAUUUUUCUAUCUGUUUCUAUUAAUGCGUAAUGAUAUGGACUAGUGGUUUAAAAUGCUAAUAAUGAUGACUGCUACCUCAAAUAACAUUGAAUUCAAGUGUCUUGUUGUGAUUUUCAAGUAAAAUAUUUCAGUUUAUCAAUCUGGUGGAUUUUUUGGUGGAAUAGUUAUUCUGCUUUGUUUGGACCCAGAUCAAUGGCUGAUAAAAGUGCUUUAUCUUUGAUUUAAGUUAUAUAUUAAACUUAACAAAUUGAAUAUACAUGUGUUUACAUGUAUUUUUUUUACAGCGCUCAAUAUCAUCGAAUCGGAGUGAAGGCUCAGGGUCUACUACAGAAUCAUAUGAUUUUGUUCUUCCUUCACGUAGUUGGGGAAGAGGACGAGGAAGAGGAGCCAGUAGGCAGCUUGAACCCCGUCCAGGACCAAGUAAUGAAUCUGGUGGAGGGAGAUCCAGGGGAAAGCAGGGAAAAACCAAGGCAAAGAUGGCUUUCACUUUGUCAGCAAACAAUGUUACCAGGUUGCAGCUGACACACCAACAAAAGAAGGAGCAAUGUGAUGCCUUGGUGGACCGACUCACUGGUGAAGAAGCCAGGGAUGUCCUUAAGGAGAUUUCAAAGAAGAUGCCGUUCCUCGUCCUUGACGUUGCGGACAAACUGCAGGCUGGUCCACAAUCUACACUGCCCCGGGGCGACUUUUCAGACUGGUGUAUCUGCCACGGUGCAGACCCAUGGAGACAGUGCAGCAGCAUGUGUGCUGUGGAGAUGCGUCUAAUGAUCCUAGAUGCUGGUGUCCUGCGCACCCAGAUGCUGUACAGGAACGAUGUUUUUGCUAGACAUGCAGCAUCAGAAAAGGAUGUUAACAAGUCGUAUCGACAUGCUGGCUAUCGCCAGUACAUCCUUAUUCACCAUGGCUGGCUGGGACUGGGCGUGAGGCGACCAGUGCCUUCCUGCUGCACCUGGGCCAUACAAGACACCUUCCCUGAUCCAGAUGGAUUCUAUGUUCCAUAUGAACCUUCUUGGUGAAAGACCAGUUUAUUGCAUUUUUAUAAUGUGUUUAUUCAUUGCUAUUUUGUAUAAUAAAUACACUAUGCGUUGGCAAAUGU